AUGCCAAAAAGGGUUUGGGGGCAUCGAUGCAGGAAGGUCAUCUCUGUUGACAUUCUGAAUCCAUCAUCUCCGUUUCGCCGGCGCAGCGUGGUGGGCAUGAUUGGCUUUUCUGCAUUGGGCCAGUGGCCUUCCAGGGCACGCGGACGCGACGGCUCCUGGGAGGUCGAAAUGCCACUGCAUUGGGCAGCAGGAGGAUUCUCGUUGUGGUUCACGUUGGCUUCUGAAGGUGAGAAAGGGCGGAUGGGGAAGAAGAGGAUCAAAGCCGUGGCAGACACGGGGUCGCCCUUUCUGCUUGUGGCAAAGUGCUUGCGAAAGGAUUGCGAAAGUUAUUGCGCCGAGGUGGGUUGCUUCGAGGGGCAGGGUGCCCCAAGUGGCGAAGCUGACAGCACGGAAGGUUAUGCUUCUGGAAUCGUGGAGGUUGCCUGGCGCAAGAACGGCACGCUUGCUUUCCCGGAUGCGACGGACGCAUCUGUGGAGCUGCGAGAGAUGAGAUUUGGUGUGCAGGGUCGCAUCAUUGGCUUUGGAGGAACAGGCAAGGCAGUGUUCUUGGGUCUGAUUCGAGAUCACAUGUCAGACAUAAAGACAUCCUUUCUGGAACAGACGCCCUUUCAGUACCUCGUGGUUGAUCUUCGAGAACCUGGCAGAGAGACGCUGCGGUUGUCGGAAGCAUCUGCAUUCACUUCGAAAGGCCCUCGAAUCAAGCUCGCGGACCCGCGGAGGUGGGGAGAUCCUGUAAAGCAUUACUGUGCGGGCGUGAAGACAUUGCGUGUGGGCGGUGAGGUUGUGCUCUCCAGCAAUGGCUCAAGCCCUCGCAAGGUGUUGGCCAUCUUCGACACGGGAACUACUGGUGUUUCUAUGACGCCAGGCCUGUAUGAGUCAUACUGGCUAAUGGCGCAGAGCGUUGCACAGCGCGGCGUGGGCUGGUCUCAGGCUCGCCAGCUGCAGGUUGUCUUCGACAGCACGUCGGGGUCUGAUGCAUCCUUUGCUAUGUACAUGGGCAAACAUCCAAGCUAUGGGAUAGGGCUGGACCUCGUCACACCCAUCCGCGAGAUGGCUUGGGCGGGCGUGGGCUCGGCAGAGUCGCUUGCCAACUACAAGGUACCUGGAGGAAUUCAGGAAAAGCCACCUUUCGAGGACGUCAUGCUGCUGGGACUCGGUUUCCUGGUUGGCAAAUGCAUAGCCAUCGACACCAAGAUGGACGAGCUGACGGUGAUCGAAAGAUGA